UUUGUUUUCUUACGAUGGCUCGAACUAAACAAACUGCGCGUAAGUCCACCGGCGGUAAGGCGCCGCGCAAGCAGCUGGCCACCAAGGCGGCCCGCAAGAGCGCACCGGCCACGGGCGGCGUGAAGAAGCCGCACCGCUACCGGCCCGGCACGGUGGCUCUGCGCGAGAUCCGCCGCUACCAGAAGUCCACGGAGCUGCUGAUCCGCAAGCUGCCGUUCCAGCGGCUGGUGCGCGAGAUCGCGCAGGACUUCAAGACCGACCUGCGCUUCCAGAGCUCGGCCGUGAUGGCGCUGCAGGAGGCGUGCGAGGCCUACCUGGUGGGGCUCUUCGAGGACACCAACCUGUGUGCCAUCCACGCCAAGCGCGUCACCAUCAUGCCCAAGGACAUCCAGCUUGCUCGCCGCAUCCGCGGGGAGAGGGCGAAACAUUUACUUGGAGCUGGUGUACUUGGUGACAGCCUUGGUACCCUCGGACACGGCGUGCUUGGCCAGCUCCCCGGGCAGCAGCAGGCGUACGGCCGUCUGGAUCUCCCUGGAGGUGAUAGUCGAGCGCUUGUUGUAAUGCGCCAGGCGCGACGCCUCGCCCGCGAUGCGCUCAAAGAUGUCAUUGACGAACGAAUUCAUGAUGCCCAUGGCCUUAGACGAGAUGCCAGUGUCCGGCAGUGUUUGCAAUCUCUCAUUAUGGCUCGUACUAAGCAGACCGCUCGCAAGUCUACCGGCGGCAAGGCGCCGCGCAAGCAGCUGGCCACCAAGGCGGCCCGCAAGAGCGCACCGGCCACGGGCGGCGUGAAGAAGCCGCACCGCUACCGGCCCGGCACGGUGGCCCUGCGCGAGAUCCGCCGCUACCAGAAGUCCACGGAGCUGCUCAUCCGCAAGCUGCCGUUCCAGCGGCUGGUGCGCGAGAUCGCGCAGGAUUUCAAGACCGACCUGCGCUUCCAGAGCUCGGCCGUGAUGGCGCUGCAGGAGGCGUGCGAGGCCUACCUGGUGGGGCUCUUCGAGGACACCAACCUGUGUGCCAUCCACGCCAAGCGCGUCACUAUCAUGCCCAAGGACAUCCAGCUUGCUCGCCGCAUCCGCGGGGAGAGGGCGUAA